UGAAGUCAGGCUUGAAGUCCGCUCCGGCCUGGCUUUGCGCCGCUUUCAGCCCAGCUUGGAACGCCCGACCCGCCCGCUAUCUUAAAAGCGCUCUCCGCCCGGCGCGUAAGCCUCCGGAAAAGCAGGUCCUCUGAAGGGAGACCUCUCUCCGGCGUGUCUCUCCUGGCCUUUUAAACGCGUCGAAGAACCGAAAAGAUGCCGUGUGUGGCGGACUGGCUGAACUGCCCUCUCAGUAUCGUGCAGGGCAUUUUCGCUCAGAAUAGUCUAAAUCUUGAAUGGGAAAGGAAAGUAACAGAGUACUUCAAAGAGAAAUUAAAAGAAAAUAAUGCAACUAACUGGGUACCAUCAUUGAAUGAUGUUCCUUUACAUUAUCUGAAGCCAAAUAGCUUAGUAAAAUUUCGCUGUAUGGUUCAAGAUAUGUUUGAUCCUGAAUUUUAUAUGAACGUUUAUGAAACUAUUGAUACAGUUACUAAAUCACGUGUUAUGCAUUUUGGAAAAUACAGAGAUGUAGCAGAAUGUGGGCCUCAUCAAGAAAUAGAUUUAAAUCCUAAACAAAUCGUAACUGCAGAUAGACAGACUUUUUAUUGUGUUCCAGUGCCAGGAGAAUCAGCGUGGGUAAAAGAAGCUUAUAAUAGUGCAAGUCAAGCUCGGGUUUGUCCAUCAACAUCAUACACACCAAGUCGCCAUAAGAGGAGUUAUGAGGAUGAUGAAGACAUGGAGUUGCAUCCAUCAAAACAAAGAGAACAGCACCUCGGAAAUGUGCCCGAUAUCCAGGGGAGUGGAGAGCCAAAGCGAUUAGAAACAGAAGCUUCUGCAAGGCAUCAGAUGAUUUCCUUAAACUGUUCAUCUCCACUAGAUCUGAAUUUUCCACUCCCAGGAGAAAAGGGCCCUGCAUGUCUUGUGAAGAUAUAUGAAAAUGGGGACAAUUUCAAAGUCAAUGAUAUUCUUGAGGUGUAUGGGAUUUUGUCUGUCGAUCCUGUCCUGAACAUGCUGAACAAUGAAGAAAGGGAGAAUUCCUCCUCUCCAGUGGAGUCUAUGGAUUGUAUGGAUACUGUGGAAGAACAGAGAGUUCAUAGUCCUCCAGCAUCAUUAGUUCCCAGAAUCCAUGUAAUUCUGGCACAGAAACUUCAGCACAUAAAUCCAUUGUUGCCUGCUUGCCUUAAUGAAGAAGAAAGCAAGAGCUUUGUCUCUAGUUUUAUGUCUGAACUAUCACCAGUUAGAGCAGAGCUUCUUGGCUUCCUCAGUCAUGCCUUUUUGGGAGACAGCUUGGCUGCUGAAUACGUUAUAUUACACCUCAUUUCCACAGUCUAUGCGAGAAGAGAUGUCCUUCCUCUAGGAAAAUUCACCCUGAAUUUAAGUGGCUGUCCAAGAAACAGUGUCUUCACAGAGCAUGUAUACCGUAUUAUUCAGCAGCUUGUUCCUGCAACGUAUCGCUUACAGAUGACCAUAGAGAAUAUGAACAGCUUAAAGUUUAACCCACACAAGGACUACACAGCUAAUCGCUUAGUCAGUGGAAUACUACAGCUGGCCAACAGUACCUCUUUUGUCAUAGAUGAAACCUUGCUAGAGCAAGGACAGCUUGACACAAAAGGUGUACACAAUGUAAAAGCCCUGGGCCACUUGAUAACUUGGCAGAAAGUGGAUUAUGACUUCAGUUACCAUCAGAUGGAAUUCCCAUGCAACAUUAAUGUUCUUAUCACUUCAGAGGGCAGAUCACUCCUACCGUCAGAUUGCCAAGUCCAUCUACAGCCGGAGCUCCUUCCCCCUAAUAUGGAGGAGCACAUGAACAGCCUUCUCACAGCUGUGCUGCCAUCAAUCCUCAACAAGUUCCGCAUCUAUCUAAGUUUGUUGAGACUGCUGGAUUAUAGCAUAUCGGAUGAAGUCACAAAGGCAGUAGAAGAUGAUUUUGUAGAAAUGCGUAAAAAUGAUCCUGAGAGUAUAACAGCAGAUGAUCUUCACAGAACUCUACUGGUAGCAAGGUUCCUUUCUCUCAGUGCUGGGCAGACAACACUAUCAAGAGAGAGGUGGCUAAGAGCAAAGCAAUUGGAGGCAUUACGUAAAGCCAGAUUACAACCGCAAAAAUCUGUAAAUGGAAAUGAACUUUAGGACAACAGUACCCAUGUUCAUUAAGACUGUAAACAUGCCUAAUAUUUGUAGAACUGAUAUGAACAGAGCUUAUGUUUAUACCGGGUUUUGUAGAUAAUUUAUAUCAAAAGUUAUGGUUCUUUUCUCAAAUGAACCCAAUUUAUGGUGUUCAGAUUAACACUGAUAAAUUUUGGAGCUCGUUUUGUAACCAAAUUAGCAACUAUGGAAAAUCUGUUUGAUAUUAAAGAUUUACUAUAAAAAUGUCA